CCGGAAGCGGAAGUGGUUCUUUAGUAGUGUAGCAAUACACGUGGGUCUGAUUACACGAUCAAGAUGUCUGCACUGGAUCGCGUUGUAAAACCCAAAACAAAACGAGCAAAACGGUUUCUGGAACAUAGAGAACCCAAACUCAAUGAAAAUGUGAAAAAUGCUAUGCUCAUUAAAGGCGGAAAUGCCAGCAAUACAGUAACGGCAUCACUUAAAGAUAUUUAUGCUCUAAAGAAGCCAAAUUGCAUCCUCUAUAAAAAGAAGAAUAUGACCAGGCCAUUUGAAGAUCAGACUUCAAUAGAAUUUUUUUCCAAGAAAUCCGACUGUUCUCUCUUUAUAUUUGGUUCCCACAACAAGAAACGUCCAAACAAUCUCAUUUUUGGCCGGAUGUUUGACUUUCAUGUACUGGAUAUGAUUGAACUGGGCGUGGAGAAGUUUGUUUCCCUAAAGGAUAUUAAGAGCUGGAAGUGCCCUGAAGGAACCAAACCUUUGCUGAUCUUUGCUGGAGAUAAUUUUGAAGUAAAUGAAGAUUACAGGCGGUUAAAGAGCCUUCUUAUUGAUUUCUUCAGAGGCCCAACAGUGUCUGCAGUUCGUCUGGCUGGCCUGGAGCAUGUUCUGCAUUUCACAGCAGUGGAUGGAAAAAUUUAUAUGCGCAGUUACAAGGUUUUAAUGAAGAAGUCUGGAUGCAGGACUCCAAGGAUUGAGCUUGAGGAAAUGGGACCCUCAUUUGAUUUUGUGAUGAGAAGAACUCACCUGGCCUCCGAUGAUCUUUAUAAACAGUCUAUGAAACUUCCUAAGGCCCUUCUGGGAAAGAAAAAGAAAAAUAUCUCCCAUAAUACUUUUGGCACAAAGUUUGGACGUAUUCACAUGCAGAAGCAAGAUCUUGGUAAACUCCAGACACGCAAAAUGAAGGGAUUAAAAAAAAGACCAGGAGAUGUGACAGCAGUAGACCAAGAGAGUCCCCAAAAAAAGCAGCGGAAUUAGUUGGAUGAAAAACAUUGCCUCAUCAGUGGACUGUAUGUGUGACAUAAUGCAACCUCUAGCUUGUUGUAUUAACCUUCCAAAUAUUCUGUGUUCUCAAAAUGCUAAGAAUUAAAAGGGUUCUCAGUAAACAGGCUGUGUUGCUAAAACACAGGAGAGUUGUGAACUGUGGUGUAAAUGAUGUCCUUUUUUAUAUAUAUAUAUAAUUUGUCUACAGUUUGGGUUUGUGCCUGCAUAUUAAAUUCAGGUAGGAUCUUUUUACCUCCUAGGAAUAGCCUCACCUCAUCAAGUAUCUUGAGAAUUUGUUGUAUUUUCAUCAUUGAUUGUAAAAGCUGUAUGGUGAAUGUCUGUAGUUAUUCAAAUAUGUGCCUUCCUGCAAUAUUUAUCAGAAGUAAAAUAUAACAAUUAUAAUCAUGCCAACAUGGAAAUCAACCUGCUGCUGACUUGGAUUGGUUUUGACACCCAACAUUUAUGCAUAACUCA